AUGGCUCAAUACAAGGUUGAAAAACCUCAAUCCAAGUUGGCACUAGAUGAGGUCAAGCCACCAUUUGCACAUGCUGCAGACAUUGAACUCAACCCUUGUGAUGUUCCUGUUGAUGCUGUACUAAUUCACAUGACAUCAGGAGGGUCAGUCCCUCAUGGCUACAGUACUGAUGAUUCUGGCAAUCUGCUAGCUUGCAACAAGGCAGAAAGUUAUAACCAAGAGCUCGCAGCUUCCGCCACUGAAGGUGAUGAGGAGAUUUUUGGUUGUGGAAAGGUAGUCUACCUCCAUUUGCUUCUACAUCAGACUUUGUCUGAUGUAGCCCCUAUUCCUUCUGGACCUCCAGACCUUCUGUCUUCUGUACCUCUGGAUGUCCUGUCCCUCAUACCUCCAGGCAUCCUGUCCUUUGGACGUCCCGCCCUCCGUACCUUUGAACGUCCCACCCUCUGUACCUUCAGACAUCCCACCCUCCAUACCUUCAGACACUCCAUCCUCCAUACCUCCAUGUCCUGUCCUCCGGACCUCUGGACCCCCAGACAUCCUGUCCUCUCCACCAGAGUAGCCAGCCUCUGGAAGUCCUCUGGACUUCAUCAGACCAUCAUCGGACUUCCUCUGAAAUGA